AUGGCGGAGCGCCAGCAGCAGCAGCAGGUGGCGAGCGACGGCGACGCGGCGGAGUGGAAGCAGGUGGCGGAGCUGAGGGCCGUCACCCAGGCCCAGGACCCUUCCUGCAAGGAGGAGGACGACUACACGCUGCGGCGGUUCCUGCGGGCGCGGGACCACAACAUCGGCAAGGCGUCGGCGAUGCUGCUCAAAUACCUCAAGUGGAAACCAACAGCGAAGCCCCACGGCGCGAUCCCGGCGUCGGAGGUGGCACGGGAGGUGGCGCAGGCGAAGCUGUGCCUGCAGGGGUACGACAGGGAGGGCCGGCCCCUGAUCUACGGCUUCGGCGCGCGGCACCACCCGGCGCGGCGGGACCUGGAGGAGUUCAAGCGCUACGUCGUCCACGUCCUGGACGCCACCGUCGCGCGCCUGCCCCCGCCCGGUCCCGGGCGGCAGGAGAAGUUCGCCGCCGUCGCCGACCUCAAGGGCUGGGGCUACGCCAACUGCGACAUCCGGGGGUACCUGGCGGCGCUGGACAUCAUGCAGAACUACUACCCGGAGCGCCUCGGCCGCGUCUUCCUCGUCCACGUGCCCUACGUGUUCAUGGCGGCAUGGAAGAUCGUCUACCCGUUCAUCGACGACAACACCAAGAAGAAGUUCGUGUUCGUGGCGGAUAAGGACCUCGACAGGACGCUCCGGGAGGCCAUUGAUGACUCCCAGCUCGCGGAGAUCUAUGGCGGCAAGCUCAAGCUCGUCGAGCCGGCGGCAGACGACAGCAACUGA